UUAUUUUCAUUAAUCAUUAAGUGGCUGUAAGGGAAAAACAAUUGGUACUUGACAGACCUCUCUCUAACUCUGCUCGAAGAAUGUUUAAUAACCUCCAUCAAGCUGGUUACGGAUAAACACGAGUAUUUUUCCAGCAUUGAAUUUUGAGACGAACGAAAAAUGAAUGGACAUCUUUCAAGCUACCAUCAAGAAGGAUUUGGAUCCAGCUCUUUUCCAAUGAAUGGUUAUGGUUCUCAAGCACUGACCCAACCAGCGAUGGACAACACUACAACAAAGACAAGUGGAAAAGCUUUAUAUGGAGCUGAUGGACUGUACUUCUUACAUUCUUCAAAACAUAAAAAGAAAGAACAAAGAAAAAACUAUGCAAAAUCAACUGUUGCAAUGUCAGAGACUUCACAGUAUCGUGUUGAGCAUUUGGCAACAUUUAUUGUGGAUCGGAAGGAUGCUAUGAUAACAGUAGACGAUGGCAUAAGGAAACUAAAACUGCUUGAUGCGAAAGGCAAGGUCUGGACCCAAGACAUGUUACUUCAGGUCGAUGAAAAAUCCGUCAGCCUGAUUGAUCUUGAGAGCAAAAAUGAGUUGGAGCACUUUCCCUUUAACACAAUCCAGCAUUUUCAAUCUGUGAUGAAUGCCUGUAACUAUGACUCCAUCCUGGCACUCGUUUGCAAGGAACCUGGCCAAGGCAAACCAGAUAUUCACCUUUUCCAAUGCGAUGAAGUUAAGGCUGAAAUGAUCCACGCAGAUAUCGACAGUGCAAUCAGUGACAGUAAAGGCAGCAAACAGAAGAAGAGGCCCAGUACUCUGAGAAUGAUUACAAAUGCCGAUAAUUCCUGCAUCCCCCCACCUCCAAGAGCGCCUGCCCCAGUUCCACCAGGCACGAUCACACAGGUGGAUGUUCGGAGCCGAGUAGCAGCUUGGUCAGCUUGGGCCUCACCUGCUGAACAAGAUGAAAAACAGAAGGUGGUUCAUGAACCAGAAGAAUCCCCAGAUAUGGCAGCCGUUAGAAUUGAUAGAGAUGUGCAAAUUUUGAACCAUGUUUUAGAUGAUGUGGAAGCAUUUGUUAUUAAACUUCAAAAGGCUGCUGAAGCAUUUUCUCAACUUUCACAAAGGAAAAAAUCAAAGAAAAGUAAAAAGAAAGGACCGGGAGAGGGUGUUCUAACACUCCGUGCAAAACCACCACCACAAGAUGAAUUCUUCGACUGUUUUCAGAAAUUCAAGCAUGCAUUUAACCUACUGGCCAAAUUAAAAUCCCACAUCCAGAAUCCGAGUGCAGUUGACCUGAUCCAUUUCUUGUUUACGCCGUUGAAUAUGGUCAUACAAACCAGUGGAGGGCCUGAGAUGGGUGGUUCAAUUCUCUCCCCUCUCCUAACAAAGGAUGCAAUAGAUUUUUUAAAUACAUGUGUCACAGCUGAAGAAAAAGCAGUUUGGUUUUCUUUAGGAGAAACAUGGACCAAGCCCAGAUCCGAGUGGCCUAAAGAUCAGUUCAUCCCUCCUUACGUGCCUCACUUCAGAAACGGGUGGGAGCCUCCCUUACUGUCAUUUCUGGGCACACCCUGUGAACAGGAGCUGAAUCACCUGGCUGAAUCGGUGGCCAAUGCAGAGCAUCAGCGGAAGCAAGAAGAGCAGAGGCGGCUGAGUGAAGAGCAAGCCAUAUCCCAGGAACAUCUUUCAAGUGACGGGUAUGCAUACAGCAAUUCGAAUUACAAGAGGCGAUCUUUGCUGCAACAAGGAACAGCUAACGCAGGCUUUAAGAAAACUAGUAGCCGACAUGUAGCUAGAAAUUCUGAAACUCAUGUAAACAUGGAAUCUAGGAGAUUUGCCAAAUCCAAGUAUGAUUUUGUGGCAAGAAACAGCAAUGAGCUUUCCGUUAUGAAAGAUGACAUACUGGAGAUUGUUGAUGACAGGAAACAAUGGUGGAAGGUGAAAAAUCAAAGUGGAAUGUCUGGGUAUGUGCCGAAUAACAUUCUGGAUCUGCUACGGAACCCUUACCCAACUGGUGAAGGGGUGCCUGAAGGUCUUUACAAUCAAACCAUCCAGCUGUUGAUGCCAAAGAAGGAAUUUGAAUUGUUCAAGCAAUUGCUUGGAGAACUAUCUGAGAAACAAAAGUUGGAUUACAUCGCAAGAGCUGCAGUCGCAAUACCUCCUGCUCCUUCGCCCCCACCUGCAUAUAUUGCUGCAUCUGCAUCCCCAUUUGCUGGUAUGAUGAAAGGAUCUUCCAAGAAUGUCAGUCGACAGAAUAGCUGCAGCUCUAUUGAAAGUACUGGCACGCAGAAGGAUGCUCACAGAGAUGGGCACAUGUCACUGAACCGCAGGAAGUCGCACAUGGAGGAAGUGCAGGAUGAGCUGGCACAGCGGCUCACUAUUGGACGCGGCGCCGCGCAGAAGAAAUUCCAGAUGGUACGCAGCAACAGCACGUUGGCAGGCAUUUGCUAUGAUUCGGCCCCAGACGAGGUGGCAGAAUGGUUACGCUCCAAGGGCUUUAAUGCUGUCACUGUGAACAGUUUGGGCGUACUCUCGGGAGCACAGCUCUUCUCUCUCAAUAAGGACGAGUUAAAGACCGUUUGUCCUGAAGAGGGAGUUCGAGUGUACAGUCAGGUCACAGUACAGAAGGCUGCUUUGGAGGACAAACGCGGGAAAUCGGAAUUGGAAGAGAUCAUGAAGCGCAGGCAGGAGAAACUCAGCGUCACCGGCGGUGACUCGGGAGUGGAAUCCUUUGAUGAAGGCAACAGCCAUUCAUGAAACGUCGUAACUAUGACGCCUCUUUCCAUUUUAGGAAGUCACUGAGGUAUCAUCUGACUUUUUGGAAAAUAUGCACAGAAAGCACAAAUCGGAGGAACAGCGAAGCACACCACCCCCCUCCCAGAGGACAAACGUUUACUACAGUGGUGUACACAAUUAUGUAAAAACGUGUUGCUCUUAAAAUUCAGUGGAUCUUUUGCAAUCCUAGUGCUGAUUGCAUUCUUUAAAUAUAAUUUAAUAUUCUGCUCGGAUUAUUAAAAUAAGAUUUAAUGCCGUGAAUGAGGUAUGUAAUGUUCUGUCGUAGAAUGAUAAAAGGGAUUAGGUUUGAUUGUUUGAGUCGAUAUUGUCUACAGGAUAUAAAUUCAAAAGAUUAUUAAUUUUGGUAAUGAAGCACUAAAAUAGGGUUUCUAUAAUUGGCUUUGAAUGUAGAAAUACCACAAUGUCAAUGUAGAAGAAAUCACUGAUUUAAUGAAGCUGUUUCUUUAUCUUAUUCAAUGCACAGUUGUGAUCUAAAAGUUUGUCCGGAAAGGUAUGUUAAAUAAACAAGCACUGAGCUACGUUGCUACUGUACUUGGUGUGAAACCUCUUAGAUCAAAAGUAUGCAAUUAACAACACCACCCCACAGAUCUAUGGAAUGAUGUCUUGAUGUUACACGUAGACACUAAAAGAUUUCACAUGGAAGUUGUCUGUUUCACAGUUUGAACUUUUAAAUUUUGUUAUCUUGCUGUAAUUUUAUGAAAACACGCCGAACUGAGAAUGUUGUACAUUUGAGAACUUGAAUCCAUUUAGAAGGAUUUGAUAUUGUAUUUGUAUAGUUUCAUGGUGCCUUUUCCAUACAAUUAAGCUAUAAUUCUGCAAUAAAUGGUAUUUACUGCUA